AAUGUACCGCUUUCUCAUUUCGGCUCGGACCUUCCUGCUGUUUACCUGUGACUCUCUCGUGUUUUGGUUAGCCUCCCCAGGCCUGUCACAGAGACCGGUGCGGUUGCCAGGGUGCCAGCGAUGCCUGAGCAGUGCCCGGGGUCAACAACACCGCCACUUCUUCUGGAGAAAAUGGACAAGUUCAGACAGCGUGGUUCGUCCCGCCGAGGUGCGCCCGCCUUACCCGGUACCCGAGCACAUCCAGAAGCCAGGCUACGUCUCCUCCAGCUUUGUCCCUGAGUGGCCUGACUAUAUUGAGGUUAAGGAUGAGGAGCAGAUUGAGGGUUUGAGGAGAGCGUGUCAGCUCGCUAGACGCAUUCUCCUUCUCGCUGGACGCAGCCUUAAGGUUGGAAUGACAACAGACGAAAUCGACUUCAUCGUGCACCAGGAGACAAUCCGACAUAACGCCUACCCCUCUCCCCUGCACUAUGGUGGAUUUCCCAAGUCUGUCUGCACGUCUGUAAACAACGUGGUGUGUCACGGCAUUCCAGACAGUCGGCCACUUCACGAUGGAGAUAUCAUCAACAUAGAUGUUACUGUUUACCUGGAAGGUUACCAUGGUGACACAUCAGAGACAUUUCUGAUUGGUUCGGUGGACGAGCGGGGUAGGAAGUUAGUGGACGUGGCGAGAGAGUGUAGAGACCAGGCCAUUGCUGCGUGUGGACCGGGACGCCCGCUAUGUGUCAUCGGUAACACCAUCAGUGAAAUCGCCCACUCGAAUGGUUUCUGCGUGUGCCCAUACUUCAUCGGCCAUGGCAUCGGGGCUUACUUCCAUGGUCACCCUGAGAUCUGGCAUCAUGCCAAUGAUAAUGACAUGCUGAUGGAAGAGGGCAUGGCCUUCACAAUAGAGCCCAUUCUAAUGGAGGGAACUUCUGAAUUCAGGAUCCUCCGUGACAAGUGGACGGCCGUCUCAGUGGAUGACAAAAGAUCAGCUCAGUUUGAGCACACAGUCGUCAUCACCUCUGAUGGUGUGGAGAUUUUAACCAAGCUGCCAGAUGAAGACUGAAUAUGAACCGUGUUUUUGGUGUUUGUGUGAAGUGUGUAGGGAAAAUUAAACAUUUUCUAGUGUUUAAAUAUGUGUAAAGACAAACAUGAUUUCGCAAAUCAACAUUGUUCCAAGGCUAUACUUGAUUUUAAAUAAUCAGAGUUUUUGUGAAACUAAAAGUGUGCCUUAUUUAGAUUAUUUUUUUUUAAAUCCAGGGGAUUUUCUGCAAAUCCCAUUUAAAAUAUAUUCAGUAUAAUGCCAAGAAAUAAUAAUUUUUUGCAGUUUUGAUUACUUGUGCCUUUGGCUCUUGAAGCCACCUUUCAGUUUGUUUCCAUUAAACUCAGCUGCAUUUGCUUUAUAAUUUCUUCACUCUAUUAGCAGAACGUUUCCUACGUCACUCCUAAAACGUCAAUCUGUCUCGAGAUCAGCGCCGGAAUGACCAAGAAAACGUGGUUAGGUCUCAUUAACAUGACUCACGCUCACUAUCUGUUCGCGUCAUGAGAUUACAGUGGAGUAACGUCAUUAUGUGAGAGCACGUCCACAGAGAGGUGAUUUUAUUUAUGGCGUCUGAGGGCUCCCUGGCAUCGGGGGCUUCCUACAUAAUCGAGUUUAGUAACUGAUCAUAUUUAGGGCUUAUGAUGAGAUUGGACAGGUGGAGCUAAGAGGCUAACAAAACCCUGACAGAUCUGUACUUGAUGGAUGAUGCAUGAUAGAAGAUUGUGUUCACAGGAAUAUGAUAUAAAUGUUAGGCUUCAUGCCAAACAACCCUGCAUAAGCACACACAUUAGGCUUGCAAUGGAGGGAUGAUAAUCUUUACCCUGUCUCUAAUCAUGAACUAUACACUAUAUUCUUACCUCAUGCAUCAUACUUGAAUUCCAGAAAUUUUAUACAGUAGUAAGUAGUGUUGUCGUCAAGACUGUUAUUUUCAAGUUUUUUUCAAAGAAGAAGAAAUUACUUCUUGUGAAACUUUGUGCAUGCAAA